AUGAUAGGCCGCCUCUUACUCUUCCAGCCACUUUUUGUUACCUCUGUGUUAUCAGAAAGGAUAUGGGAUGUCUGGGUCACCACCUGGAACAGAGAUUACCUGUUCACGUCGCUCAAACCAGCUCCGAUAGACUUUGGUACUCCAGGGCCCAUCGGUGAUGCAAAUAUCGCCGUUUCAAGUACAUUUUAUCAACAAAUGGAUGGAUUUGGCGCAUCUUUGACGGAUUCGUCUGCAUUGGUUCUCAGCAGUCUCAAGGCGGCCAACUCGAGUGGCUAUUGGUCUCUCCUCUACAAGCUAUUUGAUCCUCGCGAAGCGGAAUCUACAGCGGCAUUGUCCGUACUCCGAAUCCCAAUGGGUGCAUCGGACUUUUCAGCCUCAGCAUAUACAUUUGAUGAUACGUGGAACGACAAUACACUGUCUGCGUUCAGCAUGAAUAGCGCACCCUCUUAUCUCUGGUCGACUCUGGCAGACAUCAAGACGGUCACGCCUUACCUCAAAUUGUUCAUCCUCCCUUGGUCUGCACCAGCAUGGAUGAAGACAUCUGGCUCGCUGAAUGGUGGACAGCUCAAAUCUGGCUACGAGAAGACUUUCGCACAAUACCUGUUCAAAUGCGUUCAGGGGAUGAACGGCAAAGGGCUUCGGCCCUAUGCCGUUUCAUUACAAAAUGAACCACAGAAUGCCGACAGCACUUAUCCGACCAUGCUCUUACCUGUGUCCCAGGCUGCGAGUGUUGGGCAAACUCUGCGCACCCUACUCGACUCAAAUGGAUUCACUGACAUUAAGAUCAUCGGAUUUGAGCACAACUGGGAUAAUGCUGGUACAUACCCAGUUCAGCUUAUGCAGCAGGCUCCAUCAGCUUUUGCGGGUUCCUCGUUUCACUGCUAUGCGGGAUCCCCUAGGUUGCAAGCAGAUUUCGGGAGGGCGUACCCCUUGAAGGAGCAAUGGUUCACAGAGUGCACGGGUACAAUCAAUACAGACUGGUGGAGAAAUAUCAAAUGGAACAUGAACAACCUGUCAGAACCGCUCUUGGCUCAGUUCUUGUUUGUUGGAAGCGUGGGCUAUGGAUCGCGAAGCAUUUUGCUUUGGAACCUCGCUGGUCGUGCAAAUGGUGAUCCCAAACUUCCGGGGACACGCUCUUGUAGCCCAGGCUGUAGGCCCGUUGUCUCAGUGGACAACAACCAGUGGUACCUCAAUGAAGAAUUCUACGUCUUGGCCCAUAGCUCGCGGAUUGUCAUUCCGCGUGAGCGUGGAGGGGGUUUUGCCAGCCGCAUUGGUGUCUCUGUGACAGGCAAUUUGGCGUCUACUCUGAGCGUCCAAGCAUAUCGGACACCUAGAGCAAACGCUAGGGAUUGGCUCAAGUACGGGAUUGUGGUCUUAAACUCGAAUGACUCUUCCAGUGGUUGGAACCCACAGCCAGUGUCGGCCACAAUCGCGUUUAAUGGUCUGCAGGCUCGGUAUACAUUCCCGGUCGGCGUCACCACACUUUGGUGGUAUUCUCCUGUUCAGUGA